UUGCGGAACAAAACAUCUUAUGUUCCAGAUUAGUAAUUUAGCUUCAGCAGGUUAAGAACUAUAAAUGUAGCGCUUGCUGAAGCUAGAUUACAUAACUUGAUUACUGAGCAAGAUGAAAGUUGAAAUCCUUUCCACAGAGCUUAUAAAACCAUCUACUCCUACUCCACCGAGCCUCCAGCAUUACAGUAUCUCCAUGGUAGAUGAGCUCUCCCCUGUAAUGAAUGUUCCCACCAUCUUAUAUUACCCUGCUGGCCUUCACGGUGGUAUCUCAAGAUGCAUGCACUUGAAAACCUCGUUAUCGAAGGUCUUAACCAGGUUCUAUCCAUUUGCUGGAAGGUACAUGAAAGAAAGCUACAUGGUUGAUUGUAGUGAUCAAGGUGCUGAAUUUGUGGAAGCCAGAGUUGACGUUGGACUCGACGACAUAAUUUGCCAGGGGAGGAAUUUGAAGGCUGAGCUGCUUAAUUCUCUACUUCCGCGUCCAAUUGGUGCAGGUGGUGAGGUCAGUGAUCCAGUGUUCGCGGUGCAAGUGAGUACUUUUGGUUGUGGAGGAUGUGCCAUUGGGGUGUUGAGCUCACACCGGAUCGCUGACAUUGCAACCACCAGCACACUUGUUAUGGAAUGGGCUGUUGAUGCAAAGAUACUCUUGGGGGGCGAUGAUGAACGUUGUGUUCCAGUUCCAGUGUCGCCUAAUUGGAACUCAGCCUCGUUGUUUCCUGGACAAAAAAUGUCCGGCCUUGCUCUUGGAUUGCCCCGGGCUAAAGAAAAUAUUGCAGAUCAUGGAAUUGUUACAAAGAAGUUUUUGUUUAGUAAUAGUGCAAUUUCAAAAAUCCGUGAAAAGGCCAUGCUAGACGAGUCAGAUGAGGGAUUACCAACGAGGGUACAGUCUGUAUGUGGAUUAAUAGGGAAAGCUAUUAUUGAAAUACAUGUUGCUAACCGUGAAAAGCCGAGGGGAUUUUUGGUUAUUCAAGCAGUGAAUAUGAGAGAAAGAACUGAUCCCCCCAUUCCAAAGCAUCAAUGUGGAAACCUCUACUUGGUAUCCCCUGCUCGGUCUGUGGCAGGCGAUGAAGGGGUGGAAUUUGGAGGUCUUGUCGAUCUGCUUACACGUUCUGUGAAGAGAGAUGUGGACACAUGUAAAAUGUUAUUAUCAGGAGGUGAUGGAGGGGAAUUUAUAGCUCAAGGCUUCAAUGAGUCGAUAAAAAGUCAUACAGAUCCUGGAAUUUCUUGUGUUUGUUUCUUCACCGACUGGUGCAAGUUUCCAUUUUAUGAAGCUGAUUUUGGCUGGGGAAAGCCCGUUUGGGUCAGUAGUGUUAACGUUCCCUUACAAAAUAGUGUUUGCCUUCUUAGCGACAAAUCUGGAGAAGGAAUUGAAGCUUGGGUGAAUUUGCAUAUAGAUGACAUGCCUAAAUUUGAACAGGAUUCCAGCAUCUUGGAAUUUACUAGUUGAAUAUUUGUAAGGUCAUCAUUGUAAACUAAUAAGUUGUUUCAAACACGUCAAAAAUAACCAUAAUGUCAAAUUUAUGUGGCACAUUGUGUUGAAA